CAGCAGUGCGCUGUGUCCCUCGGACCCAGCGGAUCACCGAUCAACGGAAAGAGCCGAAGAUGUCGGCUCGGUCAUGUGAUCAUCUGUGUCCAAUCACAGCUGAUCACAUCAGUGCCACCUGUACUGACAUUACUGCCAGCUGUCAGUGCUCAUCCAUGCCACCUGCCAGUGCCCAUCAGUGCCACAUAUCAGUGCCUACCAGUGCACAUCAUAGCCACAUAUCAGUGUCCAUCUGAGCUGUCUUUCAGUGUCACCCAUUAGUGCCAGUCAGUGCCACCUAUCAAUGCCAGUCAAUGCCAUAUAGUGCUGCCAAUCAGUGCCAUAUAUCAGUGCCAGUCAGUGCCACCUAUCAGUGCCAGUCAGUGCCGCCUAUCAGUGUGCAUCAGUGCCGCCUAUCAGUUCCCGUCAGUGCUGCAUAUCAAUUCUGCCUAACAGUG